CUCCCCCUUUCCCCCUCCUGCUUUUCGCCCCCUUCCCCCCCCCCUUCCCGCACAUCGCGAUGCUGAGCCGCACUGUCGGGCUCUCGCGCCCCGCCCUGCUGGCGGGUUUCCGGCUGGGUCAGCCCAUGGGCCCGGUGCUGCCUGCCGGCCUGGCUGCCACCACCACGUCCAACGAGGGCGCCCCCCCGUCCAAUGGGCGCGCCUACUCGCGCUACGUCAACCCCCGCGACCGGCACAUGCGCCAGAUGGCCAACCAUGUGAACCGCCGUGUCAGCGCCAAGGAGGCCAACCGCGAGGAGGUCGAGCAGGAGUCCGUGGCCGACCGGAACCAGCGCACCCGCGACGAGCUGGUCGCCACCAUGACCAGUCUCCAGACCCAUCCGUUCUCGCAGUUUUUCCUUCCCCCCACCCAGUACGCCUCGGCGACCCCGGAGAAGAUGUCAGUUGGCCGCAGCUGGACCGCGUCCGAGCUUCGCACCCACUCCUAUGAGGACCUGCACAAGCUGUGGUUUGUUCUGCUGAAGGAGCGCAACAUGCUGCUCACCCAGCGGUACGCCUGCAACAUCGAGAAGCGCCCCUUCUAUGCGCGGGAGCAUCUGCGCAAGGUGCGCAAGUCCAUGGCUCGCCUGAAGCAUGUGCUCGGCGAGCGCUCGGCCGCCUUCAAGGAGGCCCGUGCCAUCCUCUUCGGCGAGGGCGCCGAGGGUGUCCUGCCGGAGGAGUCCCAGCUCCGCAUCCAUGAGGCCAUUUCCAAGGGCCAUCUCGAUGAGGUCAGCAGCCAGCAUGUCCCUGCUCGCCUCAGCAACGCCCUUAAGCUCUAAGUGCGGAGGAGAUCCGUCCGGUGGAUGGGGCCGGGCCGGGCCGGGCCGAGCGAGUGCGCGCAGAGGCGGCCGCGCGUGCUGUUGGCCGCGCGUGGGUUUGCACGUCCGGAGCAUGAUCGACCUCUCGCUCCCUCUCUUCCCCUGUCUCUGAGUCCCUCCCCCCUCCCCCGCGCCCUCCCCGUCCGGCAAUCUUGAGCGUGGUGUGUCUUGUCGUGCCGGACCAUUGUCUGGCCUUUUCCUCCGCGCGAUUGUUUUUUUUCCUAGAAUCCGCGCGUUGUGCCCAGCCAAGAGACUUUUGUAUGUGCGCGCACGCGCACCCGCGCGCACCCGCGCCGCUCCCUCUCUUUGGUGACUACAACUCGCAGAGCGCGUUCUCCACGCGCCUCCCCCCUCCCCCCACUUCCCUCCUUAAAUGCAAAAAAAAUCCCCA